AUGGUCUACUACAAACGAAAACCUGUUGUUUAUCAAACUCCUCCACCACUACCGGAAGACCCUUCAAUAAAAGUCUGGUAUAUACCUGAAACCAAAGAAUGGUUCCGAACCUAUGACGAAUACCUUGAAAAACUAGACUACUACAACAAAAACAAAUUUGUCUGCGAAAUCACUGGAAACUCCUGCUACAACUACUUUCAAGCUCUCGACAGCGAAAAAAGAGAAAUAAAACAAGUGGAAUCUCAUUUCCCAAAUCCACUAAAAGAACCAGUUCUAAGAUUUGUCCAAUUCUCAACUCUCACCAGACUAGACCAACUUGUCGACAAAGUCUACACAAGAUUCAAAAAUGAUUUCUAUCCAGGUGAAUCUGUACUAGUCAAAUACGAUCAACAAAAGAGAAAGGGCACAAUAAGAGAAAAGGCCGAAUUUAAUACCCAAUACGAUUCAAAUAAAUUUCUUAUAAGAAAAGCCUAUUGCAAUUAUAGAAUCACCUUAACUGACAAUAUUCAAAAACAUAACAAUAACAACAAUAACAACAAUAACAACAAUAACAACGAAAAUGACCCCAUUUAUACAAACAAUAACAAAUUAUCUCAAAAUAUUGAUUCAAUUAAUAACCAAAAAUCUCCAAAUGAAGUUGACGUCUUUUGCGAAUCAAUUUCAAGGGACAGAAACCACUUUACAAAAUGGUACGUCAAAACUUUCAUAAAACUAUGUGUAUCAAGAUCUUCUAAAAUAGGUGCUCCCUGGGUCGUCAAAGAAGAAUAUGCAAAAAAAUACUCAAUCUCAAUGGUCUAUCCCCAGGAACUAGCCCGAUAUUCUCCUGGCUACAUUGAACCAAUUCCUCAAUUAGAUGACACUGAUCUUGACAACUCCAUAAACGACCCCAAUUACUUUAACAAUAAUAACAACAACAACAAGAAGCUAAAAAACAACAAUAAAUUCAAAAAAAAUAAACUAAACCAUUUCAACAUCACACACCUAAAUAACGACGACUAUGACAACAGAAGACUAUUCAAAAAACAAAAAAUAUCUAAACAAAGGAAAAACUCAAAUAACAACAACAACAAUAUCAACAACCUAAUAAAUUCACAAAACUCUCCUCCUUACUCUCAAAAUUAUGAUCUUCAUUUACACCACGCAAACUCUUCUUCCAUUUUAAACUUCCCUGAUCCCUUACCUUCUUCAACAAUUCCAACUCCCUCUUUCAUCCCAAUCUUACCGGCUACAAAAAAUAACAUCAAUACACCAAUUUCAAUUUCAAAUUCAAAUUCAAAACUAGAUUUACAACACUUGAAUCAAAAUCAAAAUCAAAAUCAAAAAAACUAUUAUCCCAAUCACGACUAUACCCUAAUCGCUCCCAACACAAAUAUAAAUACCUUCGACAACACCAAUUAUAAUAUCAAUAACAACUCUCUAAGGAACCUAUUGCCAAAACACUCAAACAACCCAAAUAACUCAAACAUCACCUAUAAUCAUAGCAAUAGAAACAUCCUAAACGACAACAUCAACUCGUUUAAUAACACUAAUAACGAAUAUUCAAAUAUCCCAAUAUCUCAUCACAACCUGAGAAUAAAUCAAAACCAAGAUAUAUUUUACGAUAACAUCGACCCAGAUUCUCACAAUAAACAAAGAAAACGCAAACCCCACAAAAGAUCCACAGAAUCAAUCAACAACCUAGCAAACUUUAAAAACAUCUACUCCAACUCAGAAUACGAAGAUGAUGAUGAUGAAAACUUCAAUAAUGCUAACAACAACAACAACAACAAUAAUAAUAAUAAUAAUAAUAAUAAUAAUAAUAAUAAUAAUAAUAAUAAUAAUAAUAAUAAUAAUAAUAAUAAUAAUAAUAAUAAUAAUAAUAANAAUAAUAAUAAUAAUAAUAAUAAUAAUAAUAAUAAUAAUAAUAAUAAUAAUAAUAAUAAUAAUAAUAAUAAUAAUAAUAAUAAUAAUAAUAAUAACAAUAGCAAUAACAACAAUAACAACAACAACAAUAAAUUGAACAUUCAAAUGUUUUACAUCAAUAAAGAUAAGGAAAUAAAUUCAAUCAACAGCAAUCUUAACAUCUCAAACUUUAAUAACCUCAACGCUAUAAAUCAACCCUGCUUAUCUGCAAAGCAAAUAAGAUCCACUUGCCAAACACCAGUUUCCCUAUGUUCAACUCCAGUGUCUUCCAUAAAAACUCUACAACCAAUCCAAUUUCCCGUUAGGCAUCCCCCCUCUCGACGCAAAAUCUCUGAAGAUCUACUCAUCCCCUAUACUCCAUUUACACAAAAUCACUUGGAAACCUCUCUUUUAAAAAGACCAAAGCUUAAAAGAAUCAAAAACAUUCAUCACAUGUCCGAAGCCCUACAAACUUGGAGCUUUUUAAAUAUUUAUCGCAAACCGUUAAUACUAGACACUUUUACUUUUGACGAUUUUAUAACCUGUUUGUCUGUCAAUAAUACAAAUUUGGCUACAAAAAAUAUUCUAUUAAACGAAAUAUUUUGUGCUCUAUUAAGUCUAAUUAUCAAUAAAAAAAACUCAAAUGACGAAAAUGAAAAAACUAAUACCAAAUCUGCUCACAUCGAAGACUAUGACGUCUUUAUGAUAUCUUUACCGGUCGAAGACUCUUGGCUUGAAUCUGACGAAGAAGAAAUUUUAAACGACUUUAACGCUAAUUAUCCCUUGAGAAGAUAUGAAAAUAUACCCGAAGAUAAUGAUAUUAAUGACUCUGUCUCGGAAAUUAAAAAUAUUCCAAACAAUCAAUCAACAAAUCUAGGUGAUCAAAUUGAAGAUAAAAACAAAACAGAUGUAAAAAUUAAAAGCGAAAAUCUUAAUGAGGAAUUGAAAAAAUUAGAUAAUGAGCUUGUUGAUAUAAAUAACACUCAAUCACUAACAGAUAAUCUAGAAAAUAUUCAAGUAGACGAAGUUCAACAAGAACUAAAAGAAAAAGAAAAUAACUUAAAUGAUGAAACAAUAGAAAAUGACGAAGAUGAUGAGAAUAAUGAAAAUGAAGACAAAAAUGAAAACGAAAAUGAAAACGAAAAUGAAAUCGCCAGUGAAUCUGUCAAUGAAAAUGAUAGUAAUGAUGAUUAUGACGAAAACAAUGAAGAAACUGAUGAUGAAUUAACUGCUGAAAAAGCAGAAACAUAUCAGAUAAUAUUGGACAAAGCUGUCAAUUAUCGUAAUAUAACUUGGCAAGAGCGACUUUAUAAGCGCCAAUUUAAAGAUGGAUAUUGGCAGCUAAUACUAUUAGGAUUUUUAACACACAUACAGAAUAUCCAGGUGUAUUCAAAAAUAAUAGAUAAAGUUCAGAGGAUUUUAUUGCCUCCUGGAACAAAGCUAACUUCAUUGAAUCCUACGUUUAUAAUGAGAAAUUUUUACACAAAAUUGAAUCUAGAGUACAGAAUUCAGAUCUUAGAUAUUUUAUGCCAGAUAUUGACAAAUGGGCCAAUAAUAAAAAAUUAUAUUGAAUUUUGUAUGGAAGAAGGUGUAAGAUUAAGAAGAGAUAGAUUAGAAAAAAUUCGUGAACAUAAAGGAUUAAUAGAAAAAGCAAGAGAAUAUAAUGCUCAAGCCCAAGAACUUUUGAAAGAUUUUAAAAGCAUUGAGGAGAAGGAAAAGGAAAAAGAAGAAAUUAAUGAAAAAAUAAAAGAAAAACAAAAAAACAAAAAGGAAAAAGAAAACGAUAAAGAAAAAGAAAAAGACAAAGAUAAAGAAAAUUUCACUGGUGAUAAAAAUAAAGAAGAUUAUGAUAAUAAAAAAAGACCUAGACGUAAAAACUGGACAUUAAGAAAUGAACCAACUUCAGCGGAACUUGAGUUUGCAGAAGAUAAUAAAGAAUUUAAAGAAAUUAUAGAACAAAGAAAAAACACCAUUUUAAAGGCUAAUGAAUAUCGUAAGGAAAAAAAAGAAAUUGAAAAACAAUUGAUGGAAAUAGACUGUCAAAGAGUACGUUUAAUUGGAAGAGACAGAUUUUAUAAUCGUUAUUGGUGGUUUGAAAAUAAUGGAUUACCAAGAUUAUCUAGUUCUGGAAACAGUAAUCUUGAUGAAGAAGAUAAUGAAAAUGAAAAUGAUAAUGAAAACGAAAACGAAAACGAAAACGAUGAAGAUGAUGUUGAAGAUGAAGAAGAAGAAGUUUUGGAAGAAACUUAUUUGAUGGGAAGACUUUGGAUCCAAGGACCUAGUAAAGAAGAAUUGGAAUAUUUUUUGGAUACAAAAUCUAGAACUGCAAAGAAAGCCCGAAAAUUAUUUGACAAAUAUUCUAUUGGAGAAAAUAAGAAUAAAGAAAAACUUGAAAAAGACGAAAAAUACGAAAAAGAUAAGAAAGAUAAGAAAGAUAAGAAUACUGAGACGUUAAAAGCAGAAAUUAAUGAUGAAAAUAAUAAUGAUGAAACUGUUGAAUUAGAAGCGGAAUCAAAGUUACCUGAAAAAAUAUCAAAUAGCUUUAUACAAGUUUGUGAAGAAAUUUUCAAAUUAAAAUUUAAUCCAGAUAAUCUCGAGGUGAUUAGAAAAACCGAUAAUGGAGAGGAAAUAUUGAUUGAAGAGUCUGGGAAAUUGGUAGUACCAGAUGAGAUAUUGGAUAAUUAUAAUAAUGGCGGUAGUAGUGAUAUUAAUAGGGCUAUUGUUAGACCAAUAGAAAGAAAAUUAAUAGAAGAAAAAAAUGAUACAUUAUUACUUGAAUCAGAUUGGAGAUAUAUUGAUGAUGAAAAAGCGUUUAAUGGAUUAAUUUCGUGGUUGAAUAUUUGGGGUAAAAGAGAUAAUAAUUUGAAAAAAGAGUUGAUUUUAGUUAAAGAUAGAAUUAUAUCAUCAAUUGAAGCUCGGAGAAAAGCGUUACAUUUAGAUGAAUUGCCAAUUGAAGAAGUUGAGUUAGAAAAAGAAAUCAAAGAAACGAUAUUAUCAGAUAGUGAGGAUGAAGAAAACGAUGAAGAUAGUAGUAAUACUUCUGAAGAUGAUGAAGAAGAAGAAAGAAAGAAAAUAAAGCAAAUUAUUAAAAUUAGUGAUACGAUGCGUAGAACCAGACGUAAUAUGGCAUUGAUUGAGAAACAAAUAGAAAUUGAAAAAAAACGAGAACGAGAAAAACAGAAAAGAAUAAUGGAAUCUAAACCAAGUUCAAGGAUAGCUAAAAGAGAAGCCAGAAAGCGUAAGAUGAAAGAACAUGAAGAUAAGAAAAGAAAACAUUAUAAUAAUAUUAAGAAAUUAAAAAAAAUGAAAGAAGAUAGGGAACUUGAAAGAUGUUUUCAAUAUGUUAAUAUGAAUGCGACAGAGGCAUUGGGACAUUCCCAUUUUAAUAUAGGGGGCAAUGGUCAUCAAGUUAAUGGUAAUUUCAAUGUUAGUGGCAAUAUCAAUGGCAAUGACAAUGGCAAUGGCAAUGGCCAUGGCCAUGUUAAUGGGAAUAUCAAUGGCAAUGGCCAUGUUAAUGGCAAUGCUAAUUCUAAUUCUAAUAUCAAUACUAAUGCAAAUGGGAAUAGUAACAAAAAUGGAAGCAAUAAGAAUGGUAACAAUAGAAGUUGUAUUUUGAAAAAUGUGACUAACAAAAAUGAUAACAAAGAGCUUAAAGAGAGCAGUAAUAGUAAUUCUAGUAGCUCUAAUAAUAACAAAGAAAACAAUUUCAAUAGCUCUAAUAACAAAGAAAAUAAGAGUAAUAAUGUGAAUAACAAUGUUACAAACGAGGCUAAUGGUAAAGCGAAAAGAAGCAAAAGAAGGAAAAAAAGUUAA